AUGACUCGCAUUUUCCUAACUGGCGCAUCGGGCUACCUGGGCGGUGAUAUUCUCGCGGCUCUGCAUGCAAAGCACCCUGAAUAUGAAAUCGCAGUCCUCGUUCGCGAUGCCGACAAGGGUGCAAAGAUUUCCCAGGCUUACCCGAAAGUGCGCGUCGUACAGGGAGAACUAGACUCAGUGGCGGUUGAAGAAGAAGCACAAAAGGCAGAUGUGGUAGUCAACGCCGCCAGCGCACAGAAUUACAAGGGAGCGGAAAUGGUAUACCGAGGCUUGACUGGUUCCGAGCGUACAAAGCCUGGUUACUGGAUUCAAGUAUCCGGCGCUACUCUCCUCUCUGCCCCCGAAAUAGAAAAGGGCAUUUUCGGCGAGCCAACCGACAAGGUCUACAAUGACAUUGACGACGAACAGGAGAUCAAAGCUCUUAUUUAUAAAUACUCGGCUAAGCGCGUUAUUGAUUACUUUAUCCUCAACUUGCCUCAAGCUCCACAAUCACCCAAGACGGCCGUAAUCUAUCCUCCCGUCAUCCACGGCUGUGGCAGAGGACCUAUUAAACAGCGUAGCGUGCAGAUCCCAGAGCUCUCGCGCAUUACUCUACAGAACAAGACUGGCUACCGGGUUGGUCGGGGUCUGAGUACCUGGAGCAAUGUCCAUGUUUCCGAUGUCAUCCAGAUUUUCAUGAUAUUGCUUGAGAAGGCUGUUGCUGGGAAGGAGGGACUCUUUUGGAACGAGGAUGGGAUUUAUUUUGUGGAGAAUGGGGCUAUUAACUUUGGAGAUAUUGGCCGUCUAGUCGCUGAGGAGGCUGCCAAGCUGGGGCUUCUGAGCUCAGCAUCUGUGAAGGAGAUUAGUUAUUCUGAGGCGGAUGCUUUGUCUGGCCAUGGUGGUGUGCUUUGGGGGACUAAUGCACGGGAGGGAGCUCAGCGGGCUCUAAGAUGUUGGGUUGGACUCCUACAGGGAAGUCGUUGCAAGAUGAAAUCGCUGAAACGGUUCGUGCGGAGGCGGUUAGUCUGGGGCUUUUGUCAGCGUAAGUUGUCUACUCAGAACGACCUCCUUGCACGAUCCAGUUACUAUACAUAG